AGCAGGGAUGAGGGAGGGGUGGAGUGGCCGAGGAGAGGCUGUCUGCGUUCAGAUGGAGGAUUAAGCUGGUCCCUAUCCUGACAGCAUCCAGCACAGACACACAGCCCAAACAUCACCCCCCACACCUGUCCAGCCCGUCUGAACCAUCCGGAACGACAGCUCCUCCAUUCCGCAGCCCGUGCUGGAGCUCCAACGCCGGACAGCACCGGUCCACACCCCCCGGACCGGACCGGCGUCCUUUCAAACCACGAGAUCAGCUCCUAUUGGUCCUGAUGGUUGUGAGAUCCCGCUUCCGCCAACUCUCAACCAAUCCACACGAGAGAGAUGUGACGUCCAAUCACACGCUAGGAUUUCUGCAUUCUGGAGCUGUUAAAACCCAAUCCACACCCAGUUAGAUGGAGGAGAGCGAGAGAAGCAGAAGUCGAUCUCCACGCAGGGUCGGCCGGGUGGAGCAGGUGGUGGGAAAAUGGCUGCGGCGCUCUCGAGACUCUCUCAGCAGGGAGCGUAUUUUAAGAGGCAGGAGGUCUCGCUCUGGGGAUUCGGGCCAGCAGAACUUCCCUGUGAAGGUGACGGUGGAGGUGAUCAGAGAUGCGGUGCUCAACUCUCAUGGCUUCACUCUCUCCACACAGCAGCCCCUGCUGGUCAGGGACAUCACUCCAGGUGGCCCAGCAGACGGUCAUCUUUUUCCUGGAGAUCAGAUAUUAAAAGUGAACAAUAAAGCCAUAGAUGAUCUUUCCCCUGAAAACGCGGAGCAGAUGAUUAGGGAUUGCCAGGACUCUGUAACCAUGACGAUCCUCAGAAACAUGACGAAUCCUAAGUCUUCAUUCAUAACAGCGGAGAAGAGAGCUCGCCUGAGGAGAAACCCCGUUAAAGUGCGCUUUGCAGAAGAGGUGGUCGUCAACGGACACACUCAGGGAAACUCUCUUCUCUUCCUGCCCAACGUUCUGAAGGUCUACCUGGAGAACGGCCAGACCAAAGCCUUCAAGUUUCACAAGACCACAACUGUCAAGGACAUCGUGUUGACCCUGAAAGAGAAGCUGUCCAUUCGCUGCAUUGAGCAUUUUGCUCUGGUCCUGGAACAGCAGUAUAACAUCUCCAAACUACUGCUGCUGCACGACGAGGAGCUCAUACAGAAGGUGGUCCAGAAGAAGGAUUCUCAUGACUACAGGUGUCUGUUCAGGGUGUGCUUCAUCCCCAGAGACCCAGUGGAGCUCAUGCAGGACGAUCCUAUGGCCUUUGAGUACCUCUUCCAACAGAGUGUUGGAGAUGUGUUAAAGGAACGCUACGCUGUAGAGAUGAAAUGCAACACAGCGCUGAGACUCGCUGCUCUGCACAUGCACGAGAAACUGGCGAGCUGCGGACAGACCAUGAGAGCAUCUGUUAAGAGCGUUGUAAAGGAGUUUGGCUUAGAGAGCUUCAUCUCUCCAACUCUGCUGAGGAACAUGAGAGAAAAGGACCUACGGAAAGCUCUCAACCACCACAUGAAGAAGAUCCAGGCCCUGCUAGAACCACGGCAGAAGGUGAUUUCUGUGUCUCAGGCCCGGUUGGCUUAUCUGACCCAGAUGGCGGAGCUGAUUUCAUACAGCGGGAGAAGCUACAACGCCACCAUGCUGCUGCAGGACAGGGAGUCAUUGGUGAGUUUGCUGGUGGGAGCGAGGUACGGGAUCAGCCAAAUACUAAACCACCAGCUCAACAUGAUCUCCACCAUCAUAGACUUCCACUACAUCACCCGAAUAGAGGUGCUGUCAGAGUCCGACAGAGUCAGCAUGGUCAAGAUUUACCUGCAGGACAUCCAGCCUAUAGCCUUGUUAAUGGAGUCUGUAGGAGCUAAAGAUCUGGCUUGUCUCCUGGCUGGAUACUGCAAACUGCUGGUAGACCCCAACAUCAAUGUGUUUCGCUGGGGACCCAGACCUAAAAUGAGGCGCAUCCCGGCGGAAGAAGGGUAUGUUUCUCGAUGUGGGAGUGAUUCAGAAGACAGUUCUGAGGAUGACUAUGCCAUGGAGGGUCUGCUGGACACCCAGCUGUCAGAGGACACUAUAUCCACUCACACAAAUGACGGCACGGAGGACGGAGAGGAACCCGAGGGCAAAGGUGAAGCAGAAAGAGUCCGAGUAAUUGUAACACAUCCAUUUUCUGAAGAUGAAGAAGAUGGGGCGAGCAAAAGAGAGUCUGUUGGAGAUGAAGAUUACGCGGCGACAAUGGAUAGCCUUUUGGAGACAGGUUGGUACACGGAUCCAAGGGUCAACAGCAGCUUUUCCAGUUUGUCCAGUAACUCGUUGAAUGCCCUGGAGGAGAGUAUUAAGGCAGCCAUUAGUGGACUUGGCCGUACAGAUAUCUCUUUGGAAGAGAAACCCAGUUCUGGCGCCUCAAGUCUUGAUGUGCAUCAUCCUUACCUUCUGGAGGUGCCAGAGCAAUUGGACAAAGGGGGAAAUUCAGGCAAAACUUCUGAGUUGACCUACGAUGACCACUCGGGUCUGUGCUUUUCUGAGCUCUCUCAAAUGUCUGAUAGCCUGCCGAGUCCACCUGCGGCCAGUGACGAUGCUCUGAGUGAUGAAGAUGAUGAAGACGGUCGUAUUUCUGCCAUGUCAGCAGAAUUUGAGGCCAUGUUAGCUUCGUGCACCACUAACAGCAUCAAUGCGAAAUUGGCAGGGGUGAACUUUCAGGCACUCUUCAAUAAGAUUCACAACCAUCCGGCAUGUAGAGCAGAAGGAAACAGCUUUCCAAAUGACGCUAAUCAACGGGGACUUUCUUCGAAAUUACUAGCACAGACUGUGCUGUUGAGAACGGUGUGCUCAAAUAUCCAUGAAAAAUCGAAAGAAUUUAGAGACAGUUGUUCGGAAUCUGAGGAUGAGUUUUUUGAUGCGGAAGAUCGACUAACUCCUCCCAUCACAGAGCAAGGCCUUGCAGAGAAAAGCUCAGAUUCUGGGAACAUGCACUCUUCUUUAAGUGUUCAUGACAUGAAGGUUAACGCAAGCAAGACAAAAGCUCCUGAAUUCGGUGACAGGAAAGAGAGGGACAGAGCUUCAGGAGGAAACCUCAAUGAAAAUCCUUCUCUUGCCAACCAUUUUACCACUUUAAUCCCUGAGUCUAAAAACACUGAUUUGGAGGUUCAUCAGCCCUCACUGAUUUUGCCCAAUAAACCUACAUCUGUGGAAUCUAAAGCUUUCUCUGCUAACCACUCCAUGGCUCAGAAUGCCCAGCACUGUAAUGGGGACAUCCCUGGGCAAAAUUCUCACCUAUCAUCACAGCUCCUGGAGAUGGAGCCAGACACCAUGGAGUUUAAACCAGUCACUGGGCCUGGACCAGCCAUGUCUUCCUCAUUAAUUACAGCUGUACGCCAAGCUACCCUUCCCCAACAGACGUUAGUAGACCCAGAGACUCUUCAUAAUGGACCUAGACAUCAAAAUGGCAUAUCCAACCAUAUACCAAUCUGUCUAGAAAAGAAGACCACUACAAAUUAUGUUGAUCUUGACGGACCCGAGAGUAAAGGCAUUAAGCCAACUUGGAAAAAGCCAACAGGAACAAUUGAAUUUGGGAAAAUAACAGUAGACAGCAAGAGUCAUUUAAAACCACAGUCAUCAGACUCUACUGAAAUCACAACAACAGUAAAUAAAUUACCCCAAAAUAACACAAAGCCCCCAAUACCUCCCAAGCCGUCGUUCAUUGCUUUACAGCCAUCCUCCAAGGCAGCUGAUUCCCAGUCUCAAAAACCAGAGGAAAAAACGAAAGUUCCCCCCAACGGCCUUUCUCUACACCCCUGGUCUCAGAGAAAUGGUACCAAUACCUCCCCAGCCUCUACAAUGAGUAAAGGUGUUUCUCAAAGUCAUGAGAAUCUAAGAACUGAAGGAAAGGCUGAAAGCUAUACAGUCAAACCGACAAGUGCUUCAACCACUCCUACCCCAUCUCCAUCUCCGUUACCUUCUCCUUCAGCACAGUCUGCAGAUAUUGUUCCUGAAGAUCCAGCUCAAACUGGGAAUAGAUUCCCCAGCAGAACAGGCUCAUCUGGACGCCUAUCAGCCUCAGCCUUGCGUGGAAAGAUUCAGGAUAUGCCCUGGUACCUCACCCGUUCCCAAGAGAUCUUGGGGACAGUAGCACUCAGCAACACAAUUUCAUCAACAGGCAAUAAAGCAACAAUCGAGACUGAUGUUAAUCAUGAAUCCAAAAAGGUAUCCCCUAAGGCUACAUCAGUGCCCUCUUUGAUAAAUUGGAAAGAGAAAGAUGCUGAGGUAGUCAUUGUAAAACUCAAAGAUGGACCAGAGGAAGUGAUUCCUACUCCUGUGAAAGACACCAAUGGGAAGCCGCCAAUGUCAUUAAGCCAUCCUGACCUGCGGCAGAAAUUGUCAACGGAAGCCACCGAGUUGCACUGGCAUUUAGGGACUUGUAAUUCUGAACAACCUCAAUCCAACAAAGGCAAUCCUUCAGAAAUUCGACUUGACAAUGCUUCCUCUUUGUCCUCCGCAAGUCCGACCCAUCGUGAGGCAUGUGGCUGCCAUACAGUCUACGCAAACUGUUUCAGCGGAGAUACCGAGGACAACUGUAGCUUUGAUGAAGAUUUGACUGUCUAUGAGUUCUCCCAACGAAACCGCAUCAGUAAACCACCUCAGCCCACUUUGACUCCCUCCCCUGCAACCAUCUCUGGUCCUUCUCCCAAUGUCCUGUCCCUUCUCAGAGAUUCCCCUCGUCCUCUUUCCACAUCCUCAGAACUGAGUCCACUCCUGAUUCCGCCCAGACAUCUAGAAUCUCUGCCUCUAGUCCACGGACCAAUAAAUAACCCGCUUCGCUUUCUGCAAGAGCGCCGUUAUGUCAGUGGCCAGAAAGGUGCUGGUCUUAAAGAUGGCUAUGCCUGUUUGCAGCGAGAUAUCGAUGAACUUCUUUUCGUGUUAAAGAAAGGACCUUCUGCGGUAUAUCCUCCAACCCGCAAGGGAGAAUGUGAAAAUGGCAAUGUGAACGGGCAUUCGCUUUCAGAGACCGAGAGAUGUCUAGUUCAAGCAGAGGCACGGAGGUUGGCUUCAGGAUGCCAGAGAGCCACACGGGUAGGAUGGGCACCCGAUGAUGCUCUUAUGUCCCUCGGAAACAGCUUUGGAGCUCUAGUGCAACUUGCCUCAACCUGUAUGCGAGUUCCCUGUUCGGACUGCGGAGGAUGUCAUGGGGAUAUUGAUGCAGAUGAAGCCCUGGGGAAGCUUGAGGAGAUUGUGGACCUGUAUAAGGAGUUUGUAGGUGCGGUAGAAACGGCGAGAGAGGGUGAAGGGGUCAGGCUCUUGGCCAAGCAGUGUACGGUUCUUAUUUCAACAGUGUUUUCACUCACACAACUGUUUCGGACACGGACGCCAGACAUAGACAAUGGAAAUGUACCUCUGAACUUUUAAACUUUAACUUCCGCCGCUCUCUUAAGAGGCUGUCAAGUGUGAGCGUAGAACUGUACUUAAAGUAGCAAUGCCUUUCUGGCAUCUAAAAACUGAUUGUGUGCUGGCACACAACAAUAAUAGUAAGUGCCGUGAACGUACACACACAGUUAGCAAACUAACAAGUGAGAACUGUUAUCGGUUAACCUGUUUGUCUUGCCAAGUCUCCCUAUAAACGUACUGGAAUUAUGCAUUCAGACAUAGCUAUUUUCUAACAGUUCCUUAUUUCCUGAUGUAUGUACAGUCUGUAGUAUGUAUUUAUUUUUUACAUACAGUAUAUGCGCACCGUGGUUUCUAACCUACUAUACCUGCAUUUUUUUUUUUGUGUAUAUGUGAAUCCCUACCUCUUGCUCUAAUAACUGAGAUAAACAGUGUUAUGAAGCUUCA